UCACGAUAGAUGAGUAGGUCUCAUCAUGAGCGGCUCCAAAGGUGAACGCCACCUCGCCGUCGCUCGGGGGCUGGCGCCGGCUGGGCUUGGCACACAAAAUAUCAUAAUACCGCCGCGCUCACUACCUUUUGCUCCUUAUCACAUACCGCAAAGUUUACCGCACUUGUGCUUGCACGACGCAACCAUUUUCUGAGCCUCCUGUGUGAUCAGUUUAGGUGUCCACCCGUCUAAGUGGAAUAGGCUUGCAGACCUGAACGUCCUGCCGACGAAAGUCACAGAUCUAGUCUCUAGUCCCUUUUGAGGUGCACUGGUGGUUAGGACUCUCUUGUUGUACAUUGUACAUACGUAGGGAGGAUAAAAGAUACAGGUUCCUAGACCGUCCUACUUGUAGGCGCUCUUCGAGUCUCGAAGGAUUCUGUUCACAGUUCCUUCAAUUCUAUACAACAUGUCUGCUUCUGCUAGACAAACCCCCGCGCCUAACAAUGGCGAACCCAGCCAAGGCAGCGGCUCUCAAACCGCACCGCCGGUGAGCGUCGGCACUGACGCCAUGGACGUCGACAACACGACGGAAUUGCCAUUCCGCUCUGCACCACCGGCUCCCAGCAAUGGUGAACUGACACCCGCACAGGAGGGUGCCAAUGAGGAGGGUCUCACGGAUGAAGGUGUCAUGGAGGGCAUAUCAUAUCAGGGGCGACCGGUGCGAAAGCGCCUUCAGGACUGCAGCGACGCCUUGAGGAAGCAGAUUCUGGACCGUAGGCCGGACCUAUACCAGAAUCCUAUGAAGCUUUCCAGUGGCGAGGACAUUGACUUCGGCGACAUCUUCGAGCUUCGAAGCAACGACGUACCUUCCCAUCUGCCGAAAUGGGUUCGUGAACGCAGCAGACAAGUGUGUGUCCUCGGUUUCCGUGACACAGCAACCCCGGACGAGGCGGUCUUUCUGGUUGGCGCGAGUCUUCUAGCGGAGCCUAAAAAAGUCGAAAGCGAAGCCCAAACGCAAAACCAAUCGAAGAAGGGCAAGGACAAGGGCAAGGGCAAGGCUAAUGUCGACGAGGCUGGUCCGGUGAAGCCAAAAGUUGCCAAAGACGCUGUUAAGGCUUCGUUGCAUUUGGACUCCCAAACGCCGAACAUUCAGCUCACGACGCGGAAACUUGGUCAGGAGGCUGGCAAGAGUGACAUCUUGUCGACGCGUAUCUAUGGCAGCGACCUUGCGAUUGGCGAGGACGGCAAAGUCAUUAUCCAGAUGCGUCCCACUCUCGAGCACAUAAUGGCAGAAGCCUUCGAAGCCCCUGGCUACCUCGAAUCGGGCAAUGCCAGUAUGACUGAGGUCAAUACUCUUCGCGAAGAGGGUCGCCUGGUUGAGAUUUCCUUCUUGAUGGAGGAGAAGAAACAACGCGUCUGGACCGGUCUGCGCAGUAAAGAGAUUGACGAGAUUCGCACCCGGGGCCGGGCACUGUCGCUCAAAGAGAAGACGGCGACUCGCGACUUUACAGUCCAACAGCUCGACAAAGCUGAGAGGGUGUGUCUCUACUUUAGGGUCGAGAACGAGUCGCAGUUCGAUGCCUUUGCUCAUCUUUCGGACUACAUGCGACGCAUUUUCACCAUUGCGUGUCAUGGCCAGCACUACUGGUUCUACCGCCGGCAACUCCAACUGGGAGGUCUAAAAUCAGCAGACCUUGAAGAGAUUCCGCUGCCCAAGAUCAAUUUCGAGGUUCCCCGUUGGCUGGUGACUGAGUGGGAGUUUGACGAGGCCUGCGACGAGAAUGGGACGGUGUCGCACUCGAACCCCCGCCCGUACACAUGGCGAUAUCACCGGUUCUUCGACCAAUACCCGAACUCCAAUGAGGCUGCCUUUAUGCUCAAGCUGGGCAUUGAGAGUGAGGCUGCUCGUCAGCAGCGUGAUCUGCACGAACUCGUUCAGAGCAAAGACCAGGUAUACUUCCGGGGUCUUUUCAAGCACGUGGACCGACCUGGGACAUUUGUCGUUCAGAUCUUCCUGGCCGACAAUUCGGUUUUCACGGACCGCAAGCUCAAGAUGCCUAGCAUCGAUACUCGGAUCAAGCUUCAGAUUGAUCCAGUCGAUCCCUCGCACCCAACCCCGAGCAACAUGAAGACGUACCGUGGUGUGGUAUGCGAAGAUCUCUACAACAAUGGAGCUUCUUUCUGCUGCAUCGUCCGGGGUACCGAGGCCAUUUGGGGAGACAGCAAGACAAAGCUCAAUCCGACUGUCGAGCAGCCCGUGUACAUUAGCUACACCAUCGACACCGUCCCACAUGAGCGACAAAUGAUGUCAGUUCGACGGAUUCAAGAGAUUGAUUCUGAUCGGAAGCCUUUCGGGGUCGACAUGAAGGCACUUUUCCUUGCUGAUGCGACUCCUGCUCCGGAGACAAAUCACCUCGCCUUCAACACCGUUCCGGCCGAGCUGAAGAGGUUCGAGGAGUACAUCGACAAGCAGAAGCCCAAGCCGAACCACAUGCAGAAGCUGGGUGCCAUGGACACAACCCAGUCCAACUCGGGCAUAACCUGUAUCCAAGGCCCACCUGGAUGUGGCAAGACAGACAUUGUCAAAGUCAUUGGCAAUGCGCAAGUCCUUUUGGAUCGGAAGGUAAUGUACUGCGCUCCGCAGAAUGAGGCUGUUCUCAAUCUCUUCGAAACCUUCGAUAAGACAGCCAAGGCGAAUCCCGGAGUACCUCUCAACGACGAAGAGUACGUGCAUUUCACAGGUGCAUACCAGUCCAUCAACGACGCUGAGAAGCUCAAACUCACGAACGAGCUACUUCGCCAGGACCCUGGCAUGAGCGCGGAAGAUGCGGAAGUCAUGGUCAGCGGCCGCAACAUCUUGGUAGAGUACGCUCGCAUGUCUUUGGGUCGCCAAUCGGGUAUGCCAGAGCAUGACUGGACCUUUGGUACCAAACUCCGGACCAUGAUCGAACGAUGGGCUUCGCAAGAGCUGCACGUUGACUUUCCCAAUCGUCAGCAUUCGAGGGAAUACGUCAAGCACGUCAUGAAGCUGCCCGAAGUCAAGAACCGCGACGCGAAGAAGGAGUAUCUUGACUACAUUGGCCAGCUGGAGACUCUACUUGGGGCUUAUUACCUCAAGAAUGUCGUCAAGGUUGUCUUCUGCACCCUCUCGACGUCAGCGCACGCCCUCCUCGCCGCCAAUUUCACGCCCGACGAGCUGAUCAUUGAUGAGAGCGCCCACGAGUCUAUUGGUGGCAUAAUCACCCCAUGUGGUGUGUACUAGGAGUCGAUCAAGCACAUCACCUUCUCGGGUGAUCACAAGCAAGGCCGAGGUAUUUCUAUCUCUAGGGACUCGAACCUUGGGCACG